AUGUAUACACCGAACCCAAUCUACCUUCUCUUAACCCUCCUAACUAUACACACAACAAACGCAUGCAAUCCCACCCGCCGCGACAUUGAUCCCGCAGAUGCCUUCACAAUAGGCACCGAUGGCCCAGCCCCAGCGGCAACGCUGGGUUUUGCAAUGAACCACAUCGGCCUACUCACAACGAACCUAACGGGCAUGAAGCACUUCUACGGCGAAAUUCUGGGCAUGCGGCUCCUCUUUGACGCCCAUGUAACACCCGAAUACACAGUAACGUACAUGGGGUACGCGCAGGGCGGGCGAAACGGAACGGGGUUCCAAAGCGGCGCCGAGCUGGCAGCCGCGAAAAACAAUCUGUGGGGGUUGCUCGAGUUGCAGCAGUUCAAUGUCUCGGAUGAUCGGUUGAUCGCGUCGACUGAGAGGAGUAAUACUUUUGGUCAUGUGGGACUUGUUGUCCCUGAUGUUGUUAAGACUGAGGAGUAUCUUGAAUCUCGGGGAGUGCGGAUUUUGAAGAGGGUCAAUGAGCCCAUUAAGGACUUUACGGGCCCUGUGCCUAAUGCGUUUGGUCUUGGGGAGUUUGCGGGAUUGCAUCUUGCUGCUAAGAAAGCCCUCGUUGACGCACAGGGGCUUAUUGGGUUGGAGUUUUUCUUGAUGGUUGCUGAUCCUGAUGGCAACCUGAUAGAGAUUCAACAGCAGGAUGCUUAG